GUGCGUCUGGUAGUUCCAAAUUGCAUUGCUGCGUACCGUUGUGUAAUGGCGAUAGCCGUUACUCACCAGACUUAUCGUUCCACUCUUUCCCCAAAAAUGAAAAAAAAUGAAGAGUGCGUGGAUUCACAGUAUUCGUCGCGAUCCUGGUAAACAUUUUCAAAUUACACCAAGCACGCGAGUUUGCGGCAACCAUUUCAGACCCGAAGACAUUUAUGAGACGCCUUCUGGUCGACGCCGUUUGCACCACAACUCAGUUCCAUCAAAAUUUAGUUGGACAAAGUUAAUUGCAGAGAGACCACUGCCAAAUAGACUGAGAACCACUGUACCAAGCAGUCGAACCAGCAGUCUGAGUUUUAAUCACACUAAUCCUACUCAAGUGGUUCACAACUAUUGCAUUGUAGUGAAAACAGCUGAAGAAAAACUUGAGCAAGCUUUGAGAGAAAUUGAGAAUUUAAAAACUCAAGUUUCAAAGCUGUCAAUAUCUAAAUUCGGUAUGGAACGUUUCAAGGCGUCAAGCUCCAUGAUUAAAUAUUAUACUGACUUUAGUUCUUAUUGUUUAUUGAUUGACUUUUUCACAUAUUGUUGGACUGUGCUUUUAACACUAUGGUCUGCUGUAAGCGAAGAAGUUAGUAAUGGAAGUAGCGAUUUUUUAGACCACCCCUGUAAGAAGCGAUCGCUUCCACUGGCUGAUGAACUGUUUUUAUUUUUGUGUCGUCUGAGACAGGGCUUUGAUAAGAUCCAUCUUAGUGAUGUUUUUUGCAUAUCACAAUCCACUGUCUCUCGGAUAGUUAUCACAUGGGCUAGUUUUCUUUAUUUUACCUUGGCGUCUAUCCCAAUUUGGCCUACUCGUGAGCAGGUUUAUGAAAAUAUGCCACAGUGUUUCAAAAACCAAGGUUAUGGAUCUACACGCAUAGUCCUUGACUGUUGUAAAUUUUUGCCAGUCACCAUCUUCACUCAUGCUCCAAAGUGA